AGAAUAAUAAAGAAAUAAUAAAUGAUAAGUAAAUAUAGUAAAUCUUGUGUAUGACUCUCAAUGUACUAUAAAUACUUGAUGUGACUUAGUUUUUUCCAUAAUAAAACACUUUUAAUCUUUCGAAUUAAUUACCAUGAAGACGAAGUCACUGUAUUUCUGCGUCCUUGCAUUCGUUUUAUGUUUUACUACUGUUACGGCACAAUUAGGUUGCCGCAUGUAUAGCGUAGUUUUGCGACCGGGUCAAAGGGUAUGUCAACGUAUGUGUUACCCUAGAGUUGGGAGACCUAAUAUAGCCUGCUAUACAGCUAGACGAGUCGAAAGACAAAACCUUUGUCAUCCAACUUGUUGUCGCUUUAAUAAUAGAUGCCAGCAACUUUUAUAUACUUAAAUUAAGACGAUAUUUAAUAAAAAAACGAAAUUUUAUAAUUAAGUAAUAAUUUCAUAAUAUUGCAAAGACACCAUAAAAAUUAACACAUAUUCAAUAAAACUUAACACGCGUGUAAAAUUUUAAUUAAA